AAUGUCGACGGAAUUCAAUACGGUUUCGCACGGCGUCACCCAACCUUCUCUGAAAAAUUGCGAUGAAAAAGGGAAUCAACCGGUAGGAUUGCAACCGAAACGGAGAGAGAAAUAUGAAUGGGAAUUGAAACGCUUUGAAGAUCUUGAGAUUAGUGACUUCUCUAUGUAUGACGAUGACAUUAAGCCUUUUAUGUUUAUGUGUGGGCGAUUUACGUAUAAGAAUAAGGCUCAGAUUCAACAAGAUAAGGAGAUUAGAAUCGCCAGGGCUAAGCAUAAAAAGCUCUCUCGCAACCUAUCUCCUUUCGAUGCCAUCACUCCUCCAAAAAAUGCAAAUCUACAUUUCAGUGCUAUACCUAUCAGCUUAACUGAUGAUCUUCGCCUUAGACUCACUUCCCUCUGCAAGUUUGCGUUAGACAAGUACAAUGCUGAGAACCAGGGUGCAAAUUUUGUGUUUGCUGACAUUGUGAAGACAACCUGGAGACCUGGUCGUACGUAUUACAUUACCUUUCAAGCACAGAAACAAGAAGAUCCUUCCAACAUCCCUGCUAUAAUUUUCCAGGCACAAGUACAGAACAAGAGGCUUGGGCCACCUGUGGUCAAGUCGUGUUCCAUGAAGCCUACCUAACACAUAAAUCA